CCACUCCCCAGUCCUCCCUCCUCCUCUCCAGUCAGCCGCUCGCCGGCGGCCCGACCCACCAGUCCGGCCUCCUGCGUUCCCGUCCUCGUCGACGGAGGGGCAGCGGAGGUGCGUUGUUCCUCCCGUGCUUUCGGCUCGGGCGCCGGGGCCUCCUCUUCGUCACCGCUGCUGAGCGCGUUCGGCAUUGAUUGCAACCCGCGCCGGCGGCGGCGACCGGUUCCCCCGAGAGGCUGGAUGCUGCGCGCGCGCGCCGAGCGUCGCAGGUGACGCCACCCGAGCGCGGAGCGCCUCGUCAGGGGACGCACGCACGGUCUCUCAGCCUCCCCAUAGGGCGAGAUCCGCUGGAGACGGCCAGCAAUGCCAACCGCCCGCCUGUGCUCCAUCUCCGCCUCCUCCUUCAAGGCUUCUUCAGGAAAACCACGAGCUCCUGUCGCCGCCUUGGCUGCUGCCACUGAGCGUGUGCGCGCUGGAACACUAAACCAGGAGGACGCGCACCACCUGUUUGACGAAUUGCUAAGCCAAGCCGCCGCCUUCCCAGUAGGCGGGCUGAAUAACUUUCUUGCCACACUCGCCCGUGCACGGCCCUCAGCUGCCUGCAGCAAUGGCCCUGCCCUUGCUGUCGCCCUCUUCAACCGCAUGUCUAGGCCCUGGUGCACGGGUGGUGUCGCCCACGUGCUGUACCUAUUCCAUCCUCAUGGACUGCUGCUGCCGCGCAGGCCGCCCGGACUUGGUGCUUGCCUUCUUCUGCCGCCUCCUCAGGUUGGGGCUGAGCUUGAAUGUCACCUCCUUCAACAACCUACUCAAGGGGCUCUGCCAGUCAAAGCGUACAAAUGAGGCUUUGGACGUGCUGCUCCAGCGUACGCCCGAACUAGACUGUGCGCCUGAUGUCGUCUCGUACAACAUAGUAAUCAACGGCUGUUUGAAACAAGGUGAAGUGGAGAAAGCGUGCAAUCUCUACCGUGAGAUGAUCAACCUGGGAGUUCAACCUGAUGCGGUGACCUACAGCUCAUUUAUCAACGCACUAAGCAAGUCCGGAGCAAUGGACAAGGCAGAAGUGGUCCUUCGGCAAAUGGUUGAUCAAGGCAUUGUACCCAAUAUCAUUACGUAUACUAGUCUGAUCCAUGGAUAUUCCACUUCGGGUCAGUGGAAAGCAGCAGUUAGGAUAUUCAAAGAAAUGACAAGUGCCGGUGUUCGACCAAAUUCUGUCACGUUGAACUCAUUUAUUGAUUCCCUUUGCAAGCAUAGAAAGACAAAGGAAGCUAGAGAUAUUUUUGACUCCAUGGCCGCAAACGGCCACAAACCUGAUAUUUUCUCCUACUCUACUUUGCUUAACGGGUAUGUGAAAGAAGGAUGCUUCGAUGAUAUGACUGAUCUCUUCAAUUCGAUGGUACGGAAUGGUAUUGUACCUAACCACCAUGUUUUCAACAUACUGAUCAAUGCAUAUGCUAAACGUGGACUGAUGGAUAAGGCUAUGCACAUGUUCGAAGUAAUGAGGCAACAAGGAGUAAACCCAGAUGUAUUUAGCUAUCAAAUUGUAAUGGAUUCACUUUGCAAAAUGGGCAGGAUGGAUGCCGCUCUGGACAAAUUUAAUCAGAUGGUCAAUCAAGGAGUUUCACCUAACAAAGCUGUUUAUCAAUGCCUGGUUCUGGGUUCUUGCUCUCAUGGUCAUUUUGUGAAAGCCAAGGAAUUGAUCUCUGAAGCAAUUAAUAGAGGUCUGUAUUCUAACAGUGUGUUCUUCUAUCGUGUAAUAAACGACCUUUGCAAAGAAGGAAAGGUAAACGAGGCACAGGAUAUGUUUGACUUCAUCCUAGGUAUUGGUCAGCGACCUGAUGUGAUUAUGUACACUUCACUGAUGGAUGGAUAUUGCCUUGUUGGCGAGGUGGAGAAAGCACUGAGUGUACUCGAUGCUAUGAAAUCUGCUGGCCUUCAACCUGAUGAUGUUGUAUAUGGUACACUUCUUAACGGUUACUGUAAAAUUGGAAGGAUUGCCGAUGGAUUGAGCCUUUUCAGGGAAAUGUCACUCAGCGUGGUUAAGCCCACGACUAUUAUAUACAACAUUAUACUGGAUGAGCUGUUUUGCUCUGGGAGAACAGUUUGUGCAAAGGAAAAAUUUGAUAUGAUGAUUGAAAGUGGCAUACCAGUGGGCGUUGACACAUACAAUAUAGUUCUUCAUGGACUUUGUAGAAACAAUUGCACUGAUGAAGCAAUAGAGCUGUUCAAGAAAUUACGUGCUAUGAACGUGAAGAUUAAUGUCAUAACACUCAAUACCAUGAUUUCUGCAUUGUUUAAAACUAGGAGAAUUGAAGAAGCCAAGGAUUUGUUUGCUACUAUAUCAGCCAUUGGGUUGGUGCCUUCUGUUGUGACUUACAGUGUAAUGAUGACAAAUUUCAUAAAAGAAGGGUUGCUGGCAGAUGCUGAUGAUAUGUUUUCAGCAAUGGAGAAGGCUGCCUGUGCUCCCAACUCCAGACUGCUAAAUCAAGUGGUCAGGGUAUUUCUCAAGAAUGGUGAAGUUGUAAAGGCUGUGACUUAUCUUGCUAAACUUGAUGCAAAACAGCUGUCACUUGAAGCUUCGACGGUUUCGUUAAUAGUAUCUCUCUUCUCAAGGAAAGGGAAAUUAAGGAAGCAUGUAAAAUUGCUUCCGGUAAAGUACCAGCCUCCUGAGAUGUUGGACUGACAAUUGAUACAGUAUUACUUGGUACUUCGUACAAAAAAGCAAGGUGGUAUUCAGUCAUAGCUGACAGAAUGUAACAAGGUGAAUUCCCCAGUUCUCUGGUAAUCUGAUUUUAUUUUCUUGAUUCUUCUGAACACAGUGCAGAUUUGAAAAAGAAGAGAAGAGGAAGAAUCUUGAGGAAGGUUUUGGUGAAUAACAAGAUCUUGUUUCUUGUCCUCUUGGAUGGCUAUUGUUGUAGUAAAAACUGAGCGGCGGUUUUUGUAACACACAGCAGUAGUGGUUGCAUCGAACAAGAGAUCUGUUUUUACAUGGAUGUUCUCAGUCAAAUGCCAAAGAAUGCAAAAACAAGAAGACAAAAAGGCUCGCUCCACUUCGUGCUAAAGCUACUUCCACAUAAAUGGAAUUAGAUUUUAAUGAUCCAUCUUGGAAGCAGAAGUUUCAGGAAGACUGGAAUGAUCAUUUUAAUUUGCCACAUAUUACAGAUAUAUAUGACUUGAAAGUUGAAACCAAGGUCAACUACAUUCUCACUCAAGAAAACGAGGUUCUGUGCACCCUCUCUCCUUUGUCAUCUUUGUAUUAGCUAUGCAGCAUUUCUUAUCCAACGCUAUCUAUCACCUAUGGAUAUGUGGAAGGAUUACGUGGACAAUGAUACGAAAAUUCAGCAUGAUACCGAAAGACUCGGCUGUCAAUUUGAUAUUUCACAUGUCAUGCCGUUACAACCAUCAUUAAGCUGGGUGAGAUCGAUUACUCCUCCUGUACAGAAGAUAUGUUGUUGUAGUCUUUAAGACAUUGGCAAUCAGCAGGCAUCAUUGCACAGCUUUGAUGUUAGCUUUCAUAAUAAUAUGUUAUUUAAACAAUAAAUAAUAUACAGAGUUAUUUGAAUCUCCCAUUUCUCUUCAAGCCUAUGAAGCAGCAAAACUACCUACGCAAUUUAGCAGGAUGUGGCUGAUACAUACAGAGUUAGCUGAAUCUCCCAUUUCUCUUCGAGCCUGUGAAGCAACAAAACUACCUACGCUAUUUAGCAGGAUGUGGCUGAUACAUAUAGAGUGACUUUACUUAGGAUACUGAAUCAACCGUAGGAGUAGCUGAAACUAAAAGAAUUGACAUCAUUCUUCUGUGAAGAGGUGGACAUUAUAUUACCCAUCAGGUCACGGCACAGCAGCAAGCAACAAGCAGCCAGCUGCAAAGCAUCGACAACAUCAAAGUAGCCAGCGGCAGCAAGCAGCAAACAACAUCAGCAGCACGCAGCCAAUAAUGUGCAGAGGCAGUUUCUCACCCUGCUGUUAGUGGCGAGGUUGGACAGAGCAAAGCAGAGCAACGAGCUCCAGACAACGGCAAUGGUGGUCAGUGUCCAGGGGAGACGCGGACAAAGAGGAGCACAUCACGGUCCCUGGAGCUGUUCGGUGGGGAGGAUGACCGCGGUGGCGUCACAGCGGCCGACGAAAGCGAGGAAGGCGGCCUCGGUCCAAGAGGUUCCUGUAUGACAGCGCAUGGAAUCACCAUUAAAGGAACAGCGGGAGCAACAAUGGAGCUAGGGGAACUACCUAGGAGCAAGAACGCACCAGAAAACAAGGUGGUUCAUGGCGGCGUCCAGCUGGUGUGCAUGUCGGAGCCGGUGGUGUGGACACCGAUCCGAAUCGAGGGCUGGCGGAUCCCACUGAUUCCUGCCGCUCGCGUUGCAACGGUGAGCGGUGGCACCCCGGCGAGCUGGACGAGAAAGGGGGUCCAGGGGAACAGGAAACGAAGUGAAGAGGGAAUGGAGUAGGAGAAAAGAUGAAGGGGAAGUGGUUUGCGGGCGCGUGUCCCUACGAGCUGGCGCUGGCGGAGUGAUCCAGGAGAGCGACCGGUCAAUGGCAAAGGGAGGGGUUGAAAGAAAAAGGCAAAUGAAAUUACAAUACUUGCUCUAGGAGUACUUUCAUUAGCCUCAUCUCCUUAUCCCAUCAUCGAUAAAGUUAUACAGUCGCCAAAGCGUAAUAAUUUUUAUGAUUUGCGUCCAUUUAUA